CAAAGCAUCUGCGCAGUACAUUUCUAACCCUCCCAUUCAUAAAAAGCCAUUUCCCUCAUGUAGUUGCAACAUCGUAUGGAGAAGAAGACUGUGUCCUUACUGCAGUGCACAUCGCACGGAUAGUCGUCCGGAUUUUUUUUCCCUUCGUGGCUUCGUUUGGAUCUAUCUAUUGUUGGAAUAUAUCGCAAUAAUCUGUUCAUCUGAGAAGGAAAUGAUCUGUUUUCUAAUACAAGAGUGCUAAAUGCUGACCUGAUCUCUGGUAUAUGAGGAACAUAACCUACAGAUGGAGUCAAGGGUUCCUCACCACAUUCCUGGAGUCUCCUCCUCCAUCAUGGUGCAGCCUUUGCUGGACAGCCGAGUUCCCUACGGACGGCUCCAGCACCCAUUAACUAUCUAUCCCAUUGACCAAAUGAAAUCUUUACAUUUGGAGAAUGACUACAUUGACACCCCUGCUGUGAUCUCACAACAGCCACCAAGCCACAAGGCAAGCACGAGGGGGCAGGAAGUCCUGCUGGGAGCCCCACACCAUCCUCAUCUGUCCCGCUGCGAGGUCCCAGAUGCCACCACACAUCCGUGGAUUUCAUUCAGCGGUCGGCCCAGCUCCAUCAGCAGCUCCAGCAGCACCUCCUCCGACCAACGGCUGCUGGACCAUGCAGCUCCCCCCCCUGUUGUGGAUCCAUACACUACUGGCAAUGGCCAUGGCAGGACUCUAGGUUCAGAGCAACCCAAGGUGAUGAGCUCCAAGACUCAGAACCUGAAGGCAGUGACGGCCUUGCCAGUAGAGAAGAAGCAUGUGCUAUUGUGUGACAAGUGUGGCAAAUGCCGAUGUACGGAGUGCACAUUGCCUCGGGCCUUGCCCUCUUGUUGGGUUUGCAACCAAGACUGCUUGUGCUCAGCGCAGAACCUAGUGGACUCUGUCACUUGCAUGUGUCUAGUCAAGGGCGUCUUCUACCACUGCACUGAUGAGGACGAGGAAGGCUCCUGUGCCGACAAGCCAUGCUCCUGCUCGCACUCGAACUGUUGCGCACGAUGGUCCUUCAUGGCAGCCGUUUCACUGGUGCUGCCCUGCCUGAUGUGUUAUUUGCCCGCCACUGGUUGCGCCAAGCUUUCGCAGAAGUGCUACGAUGGCAUCAGCCGCCCAGGCUGCCGCUGCAAAAGCACCCAGUCCUGCAAGGUGGCGGAGGUCAAGGCCUGUCAGCUGGAAAAGCAAGCCUCGUGAUGAUGUGCCAGAAAUGGAGAGUACAAAAAGACUCGUGAGCAAAGUUUGCAGGACCCUCUCCAGUAGUGGUGUACUUCCCAAAAUCAUGGUACUUAAGGUUCACGCAUUAUCCUCACGCUCAAGGUAUUCUGGCGUAAAUCAGUAGCAGUGUUUGACUGACCAACGGGCACAAACCAUUAUUUUACUUGUUUAUACAGUACUACAGAGGAGAGGCCUGCAUUUUCUUUUCCUGGGGUUCUCACAAUGGCUGCGGGAUCAAAGUAUUUGCCAUUUCAGCCCCUAGUAAAAGAACUUGCCAACACAGAAUGCUGCAUUUUAGCAAAAUGUCUUUUUU